AUGUCGAGCACACGACGGAUUGAAAAGUUCACGGCAUCUCUCCCCAUGCCCCCAUCUUUACCUAUCAUCGGGCACGCAACCCUUUUCCUAGGGAACACUGAGACAAUCGGCAACCCUGAAGAUGCCCAACUCAUUUUGGAGAACUGCUUAGACAAAGAUGUCGUUUACAGAUUCCUGCGUCCUUGGCUCGGACAGGGCUUAUUCAUCGCGCCGCUUAGAUUGUGGAAGAUGCACAGAAAGAUCUUGUUGCCAGUAUUUCACAAUAAAGUUAUAGAAGAAUAUAUCGGCGUUAUAUCGAAACAAGCAGACAUACUGACGGAAAGACUUGAAGAGCAAUCUGGGAAGGAGACAUUCGAUGUAUUAAGUUACAUCUCUGCCUGCACUUUGGAUAUUGUUUUUGAAACGUCCAUGGGUGAGAAAAUGGAUGUCCAACAUUGGCCCGACACUCCAUACUUGCGAGCUCGUCAUACAGUUAUGGAGAUACUUAAUAAACGACUAUUCAAGGUGUGGCUCCAGCCUGACUGCCUCUUCAAGCUGACCAAAUACGCUAAAGAACAAAAGAAGAAUAUCGAACUCACUCAUAAAUUUACAAACGAGGUUGUUCAGAAAAGGCGUCUACAAUUUGAGGCAAAAGAAUCUAUUGGGAUUAACAACACAAAGGAUUCAGGUGAUAAAAUAAGACCAGUUCUGGACAUGUUAUUUGGACGAGAGAUCGAAUUCACGAAUGAGCAACUGAGAGAACACAUAGACUCCAUAACUAUAGCUGGUAAUGACACUACAGCACUUGUCAUAGCUUACACCCUCGUGCUGCUUGGAAUACAUCAGGAUGUUCAGCAGAGGGUAUAUGAAGAGCAGCAAUUAAUUUUUGGCAAAGACAAAAGAGAGCUUAACAAGGAGGAUUUAUUACAAAUGCAAUACUUGGAGAGAGUCAUUAAAGAAAGCAUGCGACUCUACACUGUGGUGCCAAUUAUAGCCAGAAAUAUUGACCGAGAUAUUUAUUUACCGCACAGUAAAGUUACAAUACCAUCAGGCGUUGGAGCGGUAGUCGGAGCUUUUGCAAUACACCGUUCAGUUGAUGUAUGGGGAUCAAAUGCUAAUGAUUUUGACCCUGAUAGAUUCCUUCCAGAACGUUCUACAAACAGACAUCCCUCCGCCUUUAUACCUUUCAGCCAUGGCUCACGGAAUUGUAUUGGUAAUGUUCUUACUAAACUAACAUAG